AAAAAUGAUCCUUAAUUGUUUUGACAUUGAUAUAUUUAUCCCUGUGAUGGGCCAAACCCCAGACUGGGCGACGUGUGUGAUACACUUACUCAGCUGUUGUCGUCUAAGAGCCCCUGAACCGCACUAUUUCACCUUUCUCCCAAACCUUUUCUGCAAUCCAAAGUCAUUACAUAAAGAAAAUGUCCGAGUUCACAGGGGCUCCUUUUCAGUGUAAAUGGAGAUAUUUGUAAAUUAUAUACAUCACGCUGGGUGUCAGUUUUUAAUGUCUCGGUACAAACAUUUCUAUUAUAGUAGUCUGGUACGCGUCCACUCUCGUCAGAAUGUCACCAACUUUCCCACUAAGAAGCUCAAAGCGCCAUCUUUGUGACUGAGACUGAAGCCUUGUUGUUGUGACAAAUAGAGUUGGUUGAACAAGCAAAACCAACAGUGAAUAAAAGCUGUAAAAAAAAUUGCUUGUGAUUGCUAAAGGAACUACAGUGAAAGGUCCAAGGUCCCUUGGGUACUGACAGAGUACCUCUUGCUCAUCCCUAAUUAUCAGUACCGAGGAACGAGGGUAUACAGUCGUUCCAGGUGAAGGUAAGUCAAUACAGGUGUUGGUUACGAUUAAGCCACGACAUAGUCGACGCUAAUUACCUGACAUGAAUCAAACAUUGUGUACCUUCAAAGUACCGUCUAAUUACUGGAACAUAACUACCUUGGACACCUUGUAGUUUGUUAGUUAGAUCAUGUCCUACUAUACAUAUCUUUUACAGAAUGCAUUCCAACGGUAAUUAUGAGGUAGAAGUUGCUGUGACGGAUUUGACGGACUCUGAGGACUCCGACCAUGGUCAAAUGGAAAGGCGAGAGGAGAGAGAACACUGGGCUUCCCAGAUAGAAUACUUGCUGUCCAUGAUUGGUUUCUGUGUAGCCCUUGGCAACGUCUGGCGAUUCCCGUACAUAUGCCAGAGAAACGGUGGAGGGGCGUUCUUGAUUCCUUUCGUCGUGUGUCUUGUGCUGUGUGGCCUUCCUCUGGUCUUUCUCGAGGUUGCUCUGGGGCAGUUUUCAGGAAUGAGUCCUUCACACGUCUGGAGCCUGUGUCCUUUGAUGAAAGGUAUCGGUAUUGGCAUGCUGAUCAUAUGUGUUGGGUCUGCCGUCUACCUGAACGUAAUCUGUGGCUGGGCGAUGUACUACGCCAUAUCCUCUUUCAGUUCCGUCCUACCCUGGACGAACUGCAACAACACGUGGAACACUGACACUUGUGUAGCUGGCGUCGAGGCAUUGCACCAUAGACUAACUGGAGGUAUCUCAACCGUUCCCAUAUCAUGUAAUAUAUUCAGCUUCAAGGCGCUUGGGAUAUCGAAGGGUAUCGACGAAAUUGGAUCGAUCAAGUGGGAGAUGGCGUUGUGUCUUCUGGCUUCCUGGUUCCUUAUCUUCAUAUGCGUGGUGAAAGGUGUACGAUCUGUUGGAAAGGCCGUCUAUGUAACAGCAACUCUACCGUAUGUCAUCCUUACUGUUCUGCUCAUUCGUGGACUGACUCUACCGGGAGGAACCGAUGGAGCUGUAUUUUAUAUCACCCCAAAUUUCAGUAAACUUCUGGAAAUACAGGUGUGGUUAGAGGCGUGUCUCCAGGUGUUCUACUCCCUGGGUCCGGCCUGGGGUUGUAUCAUUACCAUGUCGAGCUACACCAAGUUCAACACAAACUGUCUCAGUGUGCCGAUAACAGAAGUUGUGUCAUCAGGACCUGGAUUGGGCUUUGUUAUUUACCCAGAAGCCCUGGCUCAUCUUCCGGUUCCACAGUUGUGGAGUUUUAUCUUCUUUGUCAUGAUCAUCCUUCUGGCAAUGGAUUCUCUGUUCUCGCAGGUUGAAACCUUCAUGACGGCAAUCUUGGAUGAAUACCACAACCUAGUGAAAUGGAGAAUACCAAUCGCUGCUGUCUACUGCCUGGUGUCAUUUCUCCUUGGACUUGUAAUGACCACUGAGCUUGUAGACUGGUACAUUGUGGCGCUUUUCAUAACAUUUGCUGCGUUGCUGGAAUGUGUCAUGGUGUCGUGGUUGUAUGGUAUUGACCGUUUCAGUGACGACAUACAACUGAUGAUUGGCAGACCAGCACCCCUAUUCUUCAAGAUCACAUGGUGUUACAUUACACCAGCAAUGCUCCUGAUGACUGUUGUUUUCACUUUCGCCCAGUAUAAAUCACCAACAUAUGGAGAAUAUGUGUAUCCUUAUUACUCGACUGUAAUAGGAUGGAUAAUCGCUUCGAUUCCCUUGAUGCCUGUGAUAAUAAUGAUGUUUCUCGCUCUUUACCGUAGGAAAGGAAAGGAGGUGUUUUUCAGAGGAUCAAGAUGUCCCUGAAACCUGAUGACACAUGGGGUCCAUCUGAACCAUCUCACCGUGCAGAGUACAUCAAGAAACACAGAAGAUCUUCCACUCUUAAAAGUGCCUUCAAAUCGUCGAUUUCCUGGAAAGGGUAGAUAACCGCAGUUGGUGAACCUUUGGGCAAGACGUAGGCACCACAAUGGGUACCAUUUAACGUUUUGCUACCUAUAUGUGACUCG